UUCCCGUGGAAAUUGUCUGAGCUUUUGUGACCUUUGCAGGAAUGAACUGUAGGCUUGUGGAUUUGUAAGUUAAAAAUUACAAUGAUGAACACCAUUUAAGAGCCCGAUUAGCAAGUUGGACCAAAAUAAUUAUUUUGUUGGAAUCAUGGAAACAGAGAACUCCAUUAGGAAAAAUGUAGCAGAUACUCUAACUGCUGAGAACCACGAGGAGAAUAAACUUGAUAUUCAGAAAGAUGAUGGAACGGUAUCUGAAGAGGUAAAGUUUGUCAAUAUCAACGAGAAUGUCUGUCAGUUAGACAGAAAUCAUGAACAAGAACCUGUUGGCAACGAGAUGUAUGAUUCAGAGACUAGAGAAGAAGGGGCAAAAAUGGACAGAGAUGCUGAAAAUGUCCCUGAGGGCACAAAGUUAGAUUCUAAAGUUCACGAAGGAACAAAAGAAGCUACAGGGGAAACUCUUAAUGAAGAGAAAGAAGCAGAUCCUGUCUUUGAUGGAACAGAAGUUCCUGGGAUGGAAGCUAACCAGAGUAAUACUAAUCUGGAAACUGAGGGACCUGCUUGGCCUGAGAAGGCUUUGGCACUAAAGAAUUUUGUAAAGGCAAAGAGUGCAAUUACAGUCACAACUUUUCUGCGUCGCUUAUCUGGAAAGAGGGAUAAUCUUGAACAGGAUAUACCUGUUGAUGAAACUAAGGAGGAUUCAGAUCCCCCAAAAGAAAGUGGUUCCCCCAAAGAUGGUGAAACAAGAGAAGUCUCCCAAAAACCAGCAGAGAAAUCUGCUUGGAAUCCACUAAGCUAUAUUAAGAUUACUCGUGAUGCUGAUAUAGAAAGCAAAACUGAUCCAAGGAAGGAAAUGAUUGAAGCAUCAGCACAACUGAUAGUGAUGAAAGGAAGAAUUAUACUAUACACAAGGUUAGGGUGCCAAGAUUGUAGAGAGGUUAGGUUACUUUUGCGCAGAAGGAAGCUUAGAUAUGUUGAGAUUAACGUUGAUGUCUACCCCAGCAGGAAGCUGGAGUUAGAAAACAUUGCACGUUCUUCUGCUGUUCCUAAGGUGGUUUUUAAUGAAAUAGUAAUUGGAGGCUUUAAUGAGCUUAAGGGCUUGGAUGAGUCAGGAAAGCUUGAUGAGAAAAUUGACUAUCUGAUUAACGAAGCACCAUCGUUUGAAGCCCCUUUACCGCCUCUUUCUGGCGAAGAUGAUGUCUCCUGCAGUGGGGCUCUUGAUGAGCUAGCUCUUAUUGUUCGGAAAAUGAAGCAAUCUAUUAUUAUUAAGGAUCGAUUUUAUAAAAUGCGCUGGUUCACCAACUGCUUUUUAGGCUCAGAAGCUGUGGAUUUCUUAUCAGAGGAUCAGUACUUGGAAAGGGCAGACGCUGUUGAAUUCGCACGAAAGCUUGCAAGCAAGCUCUUUUUUCAACAUGUUCUUGAUGAGAAUCUAUUUGAGGAUGGCAACCACUUCUAUCGGUUCUUGGAUGAUGAUCCCAUAGUGUCAUCUCAAUGUCAGAACAUUCCGAGGGGUUUAAUUGAUGUGAAGCCUAAGCGAAUCACAGAAAUUGCAUCAAGACUGAGAUUCUUGUCUUAUGCAAUUAUUGAAGCCUACACAUCAGAAGAUGGAAAGCAUGUUGACUACAUAAGCAUUCAUGGAAGUGAGGAAUUUGCAAGGUAUUUGAGAAUAAUUCAGGAACUUCAUAGAGUAGAGUUGCAAGAUCUAUCAAGAGAGGAGAAGCUUGCCUUCUUUAUAAAUCUUUACAAUAUGAUGGCAAUCCAUGCAAUACUUGUGUGCGGUUACCCAGUUGGAGCGCUAGAACGAAGGAAGAUGUUUGGAGACUUCAAAUAUGUAAUCGGUGGAUGCACAUAUUCUCUCUCAGCUAUUCAAAAUGGAAUAUUGAGGGGCAACCAGAGACCUCCAUACAAUAUUAUGAAGCCAUUUGGGGCAAAAGAUAAACGUUCCAAGGUUGCUUUUACCUAUACAGAGCCUCUAAUUCAUUUUGCCUUGGUUUGUGGUAACCGAUCUGGUCCUGCUCUUCGUUGCUUCUCACCUGGGAGCAUUGAUAAAGAGCUGAUGGAAGCAGCCCAAAAUUUCAUACAAGGUGGAGGACUUACCAUUGAUUUUAAAGAAAAGGUUGCAUAUGUUAGUAAGAUCUUGAGAUGGUUUAGCGUUGAUUUUGGCAAGAAUGAGGUAGAGGUGCUGAAGCAUGCCUCUAACUUCUUGAAGCCAACAGAUGCAGAACCUUUACUGGAGUUGCUUGCUAAUACUCAGUUGAAGGUGAUAUAUCAACCUUAUGACUGGGGAAUGAACUACUGAUUCACUCUUGCUCUUUCUCCCCCCCUUAUAUGGUACAUAUAUUGUUCAUACAGAUUCCUCUGGUAUACAAACAACUAGAAUACAUAAAAAUUACAUUCCUCUGACAUACAAAUAACUAGAAUAUAUACAAAUUAUGUAAUAUGUCAGCCUUGUGAAAGCAUUUCUCGAGUUUCAAAUA